CCUCACGGCGGAGCCGGCGGGCCGCCCCGCGCUGCCCUCUGCGGGCCCUGCGCCUCCGCUGUCGGCGGGUGGCGGCUGUAGCCGGAGAAGCAGCUGCCGGCCGCGGCGUUCGCGUUGCUCCAAAUCUGCCGCUCUGCGAGGCGGAGUGUGUCCCCGCCGGCUUGCUGUGCGGGGAGGCGGGCCGAGGGGCCGGCUGAGAUGGGAGAGAGCAUGUCCAAGAGGCUGAAGCUGCAGCUGGGUGGCGAGGCGGAGAUGGAGGAGCGGGCUUUCACCAACCCCUAUCCCGACUACCAGCCCCAUGGAGCCGGAGCGGCGGCCUCCCCCAGCGCCGGGGACGGUCACCGGGACAGAGCGCUGCUCCGGUCGGAGGAGGAGUCCCUCCCUUUCGGCGCCGAUGGGAAGGUCACUGCUCAGUUCUCAAAGAGAAUCCAGGCAAAAAUCAAGGACCUUCUGCAGCAAAUGGAGGAAGGGCUGAAGACGGCAGAUCCACAUGACUGCUCUGCCUACACUGGCUGGACUGGUAUUGCCCUCUUGUACCUGCAGCUGUACCGCGUCACGAAGAGCCAGAGCCAUUUGCUGCGCUCUCUUGAUUACGUGAAGAGAAUCCUUCGCAAUCUCAAUGGCAGAAGAGUUACUUUCCUCUGCGGUGAUGCUGGGCCGCUGGCAGUGGGGGCAGUGGUUUAUCACAAGCUGAAAAAUGACAGUGAAUCUAAGGACUGCGUGGCCAGGUUGUUGCAGCUCCAAAGGACAGUCAUAAGCACAGAUGCUGAACUCCCAGAUGAGCUGCUUUAUGGCAGAGCAGGUUACCUGUAUGCCUUGCUGUACCUCAACACUGAAAUUGGCCCAGACACUGUCCCACAGUCUGUUGUCAAAGAGGUGAUAGAUGCUAUCAUUGAGUCGGGGAAGAACUUCUCAAAGGAGGAGCGGAAGACAGACCGCUGUCCUCUCUUGUACCAGUGGCACAGGAAGCAGUACGUUGGAGCAGCCCAUGGAGUGGCUGGCAUCUACUACAUGCUCAUGCAGCCAGUUGCAAAUGUGGACCAGGAGACCCUUGCAGAGCUGGUGAAGCCAAGCAUUGACUAUGUGCGCCAUAAGAAAUUCCGCUCCGGCAAUUACCCCUCGUCGCUGAGCAAUGAGACUGACAGGCUGGUUCACUGGUGCCAUGGUGCCCCUGGGGUCAUCCACAUGCUCAUGCAAGCUUACAAGACUUUUAAAGAGGAUAAGUACCUGAAAGAUGCCAUGGACUGCAGCGACGUCAUCUGGCAGAGAGGUUUACUGAGAAAAGGAUAUGGGAUCUGCCACGGUACUGCUGGCAAUGGCUACUCCUUCUUGUCUCUCUAUAACCUAACUCAGGACAAAAAGUACCUCUACCGAGCUUGCAAGUUUGCAGAAUGGUGUUUGGAGUAUGGUGCACAUGGAUGUCGUAUUCCUGACCGACCCUACUCGCUCUUUGAAGGCAUGGCUGGAGCUAUUCACUUCCUCUCAGAUAUUUCAGUACCGGAGACUUCCCAGUUUCCAGCAUUUGAACUUGGACCUCAAAGGAGGGAAAACAAAGCAGAACAGGACAGCUAAAGGAUCGUUUUGAAAGGAAACUGAUGCCAAAAGAGAUGAGACUGCUUAGUGCCUCUGAUGCUGAACCAAUUCGGCCCUGAACCAAUGGAUGGAGAAACCCUGCUUCGUGACCCCACCGCCCCGGAGGACCAUGAGUCAUUAGAGUAUGAACGGGAGAAGCCACACUUCAGUCCUGUUAAAGUGACACCUUCAGAUGUAGGACAGGAGAAGUCAAGUUUUGAACUUUCUCUCUUCCAAUGUAUUUGUCUUCUUCAGGUCUUUGACAUGCUCUGCAUGUGUAUUGGUGUUGUGUGUCAAGUCUCUUGUUAGCAAAAAGCUGGUCUCUGUGUGAAUCUCCCUCCUGUACCUCCAUGCAUGACUCACAGCAGCACUGUUGCUUUCUGCAGCGUGGUUACCCAGGAGAGUUCCACCUGUGCCAGAGUUUGGUGCCAGGACAGUGCCCAGCUUCACUGCUGAGCUGGCAACUUCUAAAAGAAAAGAUGAGAAAUGU